AUGUCGGCUGCUCACCUCGCUGUGCUCUGCCACCUCCUCCUCCUCCUCCCGCUCACGAAAGGGGUGGAGUUCCUGCCGCGCCGAGCCUUCGGGCAGCUCUCGCGCAGGGCAUGUCUGGCGGCACCGCUGACUGCCGUCGCCUUCGGCCGACCGCCGACUGCCGCCGCCUCGGGCGAUCUCAGUGCCGCCGCCGUCUCGAGCGGUGACGACCUUGCCGUGAUAUCGACGGCGCGGAAGUUGGACGGCGUGCUUGCCGAUUGGGACGCCGAGAUUGCCCUCGUUCAGCUCGGCCGGCAGGCGAACCCGACACUUCGCCCUGCCUCCAUCUGGCCACGGAACGACGCCUCUUUCCCUCCCCUCGGCCGACAGGGCGCGUUGCAGUCGUCAGCCAACCUGCUGCAGGAGGAUGCGCUGAAGCGGCUCGGCGCAGGCGCGAGGGCGGCCGGUGGCGGCGCCGCCGGCGCGAGCUUCACGCAGCACAAGAACGCAAUGCUGACUUACCUCUUCCUGGUCACCGGCGCGACCAAGUACGAGGGAGCCGAAAAGGCGGCCGGGACGUGGAGAUGUAUCCGAGAGGCUGCCGGCUACGCGCGCGACGCGAGGAGGGAGGCGCUGGCGGCGCGGCAGGCGAGUACAAGUAGAGGAAGAGCGCCGACGCCCGACGAGAGGGUAGAUCCUCUGGUGGCCGCAGCCAGUCCUCGGCUAGACGUCGGCUGCAUCUCCGUUCAGGCGCUCGACGAGGUGGCGCGAGCCGUGGGCAUCGAGCUCGCAUCAAAGCCGGCGGCGGCUGCCUCAGACUGA